CCCACACACACACACACACACACACACACACACACAGGGAGGACAGAAGGAGCGGAGCAGCAAACCGAGAACAAACAACAACAUUCUCUAUUCAGAGGAAUCGAAACGGCUCACACUUUCCUUUCCGAGGAAGAAAGAUUUCAGCACCUCAGACAGCGACCAUGGCGCCAAUGACGCUGGAGGAUGGAGCCCAGCCCAUGGUGGUCCCGGCAGGCGUCGCGAUGGUGAGCAUCUUUGGCUUGGUCUUCACCGUGUCGGCCUUCGCGUGGAUCUGCUGCCAGCGGAAAAACACCAAAGGCCAGAAGACUCCCCCCUACAAGUUUGUGCACAUGCUCAAAGGAGUCGACAUCUAUCCGGAAAGCCUCGGCGGCAAGAAGAAGUUUGCCUCCCCCGCCGGCGCCGCAAUGAAGGAAGCCAGUAAAAUAGACGUUAACGGGAACUGCCACACCGCCGCCGUGCCCACGGGCAGUCCCAGAUCGAGUCCCGGCGACUCCAGAUCGACGCUCCAUCUGGACCUGGAGCAAAGGGACCUGAACGGCAAUUUCCCCACUAAAUUGUUUCCCCAGCACAAGGUACGCAGCUCGCCCGACUUGGAGCUGCCCUCGCCGCAGGCGGGCUUCACCCAGCCCGCCGUGAUAGACGCCCCCUCGCCUUCUAGCGCUAUCUCCAGCCAGGCCCCGACCCCGGCUGUCGACGAUAGGGACGGGAGGCUCGGUACCCUCCACUUUGCUCUUGAGUACCAACCGGAGAAAAAGGCCUUCAUCGUCCAUAUUAAGGAAGCCCACGGCCUGAGCCCGACCGAUGAGCAGUCCAUGACUUCCGACCCCUACAUCAAGCUGACCCUGCUGCCGGAGAAGAAGCAUCGGGUGAAGACCAGAGUGCUGAGGAAGACUCUGGACCCGACUUUUGACGAAACCUUCAGCUUCUACGGCAUCCCGCUGGCCAGAGUGUCGGAACUGGCUCUGCAGUUCAUGGUGCUCAGCUUCGAUCGAUUUUCCCGGGACGAGAUCAUCGGCGAGACUCUGGUCCCGCUGUCGGGAAUCGACUUGUCCGAAGGCCGCGUACUGAUGAGCCGGGAGAUCAUCAAAAAGAACGUCAAGAAGUCGUCGGGCCGAGGGGAGCUGCUGCUCUCCUUGUGUUAUCAGUCCACUACAAACACUCUGACCGUGGUGGUCCUCAAAGCCCGCCACCUGCCCAAGAAUGACAACCACAGACCCACAGAUCCGUAUGUCAAAGUCAACCUAUACCACGGAAAGAAGCGGGUGUGCAAGAAGAAGACCCACGUGAAGAAAUGCGCCCCCAACCCCGUCUUUAACGAGCUCUUCACCUUUGACCUACCCUCCGACGAGGGCCUGAGAGACACCGGCGUGGAGCUGCUGCUGAUGGACUCGGACGCGGGCGACGCCCGCAGCCCCAAGCCGGUCCUCGGGCGCCUGCUCUUGGGCACGACGGCGGCGGGCACCGCGGGCGAGCACUGGCGGGAGAUCUGCGAGCACCCGCGCCGCCAGAUCGCCAAGUGGCACGCUAUGUCUGAGGACUGAGAGGAGGAACGGUUCGACCGAUAGAGCGACUGAAUGACCAUUCGAUGUCUGGCUUACCAUUGGACGGUCGGUAAGUGUAGGGGGCUCGCGAAGUCAUUAAUCAAUCAAUCACUCGCCAAUCUUUCAAUAGUACCUUGACUUACGAUUACCCGGAGCUACGGGUUUUUCAAGUUACAAGGCAUUGCUUGGUCAAAGUCCGUAUACGCAAUAUUGCUAAAAAUAAUACCCAUCUGCCUCAACUCAAACAUCGUCACUAUCGGGCAGAAUUCUCGCAGGAAUGAAUCCGUUCGCGUUACUAUCAAUGUGUGAUUUUCAUGAUAUAUCCAAAAUGAAGAUGCUAAUGACUAAACUGCCGAAUCCGUACAUGUACGUACAUGAUUUGUUUGCUUCACCUUCUUCAGAGUUCAGCCAAUUGGGCCUCCUUUUUCGACAUGACUUCAAGCUAGGAAUUCAAAGCUUCAGAUGUCAUUGGGCAAAAUGACAUGCCAUUUUUAAUCCUAAGGUUUUAAUACCACAAAAUAUCAUAACUGACGUUAAGAAAAAUGAUUCGUAUAUUUUUUAGACAGCCUUUCUGGAAGAAUUUAAGAUGAACUCACAUCUUUAUUAACCUCAAUCGCUUAAAAAUGGGAUUCUUGCAUUUCAAUUCCAUUGGGUGUCAAGGCAGGUGAGUGAAUACUUUUGGCAAUACGGCGUAUCUUUAAAUAAGCCCAAAGACUCACCUGUUUACAUCAUUCAGGUUAUGUGGUCAUGUGUCCUUUAACACUUCUUCCUGUUUUGAGCUUUGCCUUCAGACCAAAAGCCUAAAAAGAUUAGUUCAGUCAAAAUGACAUUGUUUGAUUAGUAUGAUCAAAUGUGUGAAAAUAGAUUCACGAGUUUUUUUUCUGUUGUUUUUUAUUUGAACUCCUCUGGGUGGACUUGUGGUUUUGUAUGUGGUAUUUCAUAUAAAAGCCUAAAUUAGGUGGUUUCAGCUCGGUUUGCGCUGCAGUGGAAGCAUCGACAUGGCAAAUGAGAAUGUUUGCGCAAGUGUGCAGAAAAGUGUGUGUGUGCACAUUGCAAUGUUUCCUGUCUGUGUUUUGUCCCCUUAACUGUGAGCACAAAGACAGCUGAAUUGUAAAUGUAAGUACCCGCAAAUAAAAAUGACCAAGUUAUUGACAAAA